CUUAUGAUAUCCCAGAACUGGAGUGGAUUCAACGAAGCUAUCUUCAACCACACGUCAUGAUCAAUGAUCUGUACCUGUUUGAUAGCAAAACAAACACUUACACUGUCGAAAAAUACUUGAGAGGUGCCUAUCUGUAGAGGGUGGACCCCCUUCUUUUUUCCUUCUUUCUUCUAACGCAAUGUGUUUCUUCAUAGAUGCGGAAGAACGUUAUGGCUCUAUUGAUUCUGUCGUUGUCUGGCCCACUUUUCCUAAUCUGGGUUGUGACAGUCGUAACUCUGAGGAUUAUUACCGUUGUCUUCCAGGAGGAACUCAAGGCAUUCGGACUUUGGUUACUGAGUUUCAUAAAAGGAAUGUAAAGGUGUUAUUGCCCAUUGUAGGAUGGGAUAAGGGAACUCGCGAUCCUAAAGCAGCUUGGAGCUAUAUUAUGCCCAGAUUGUUCAAAGAGUACCACAUUGAUGGUAUGUCGACAGAAGCAGCUUACUUUCCUCACGACUUUUGGAAAAACUCUCUUGCUAUUGGACAUCCUUUGGCCUAUCACUGUCAAGGGGACAGUGAGCAAACCUUGGAGGAUGAGCCCAAGCCAGAUGACAGUGAGGUAAGCUGUAUUCUUCCACUUGAGCGCCUAGCCAUCUAUAGACAUCCUACUCAUCCAUCGCUCCUUUGUUUUUUUUUCCUUUCUCAAAACCAAAAGCUCGUGCAGUGGAAUGUGAUGAAUAUGACUAAAUUUGAUUUUAGAUCACAUGUUCCUACUGUGGUCACGAAAAAGUUGAUCGAACCCAAGCAUAUGACCCGUGCGUGUGAUAAGUGGUCCCGAAACAAAACAUUCAUGAUCCAACAUGGCUUUUUCAAUGGUAUCGGAUUCGAGCUAUGGGAAAAUAUCUUUGGCACUUGGAAUCAAAUCACUCCACGUGAUGCAGAAGCCUUACGCCGCACGAGCAGCAUCUUGCGUUGUUUCGGACCCGACUUUUUUGCCUCGCCCGAAUGGGAGCCUCACUGCCCUUGUGUUCGUUAUGAAACUGUCUUUUCCAGCAAGUUCCCAAGCCGCACAACAGCUGACCAAAUCGUAUGGACGUUUAUCAACCGCGGUGCUGUCCAUGCUACAGGCCAUCAAAUUGUAGUCAACUAUCACAUUGGCCUUCAAUUCUACGAUGUCUGGCAUGGCUGCGAAAUUCAACCGGCCAACAUUGUCGAUGGAUUGGCUACGUUGAGCUUUGAUAUUGAACCUUACGGCUAUGGUUGUAUCUUUGCUACGUCGGAUACUGCUCCUUUGCCUGCUGAAUUCCACGGUCUGUUGGAUAGGUUGAAGCAACGUUCCAAAAUGCCUCUUCACCGAUACCCUCUGAGCAACGCCGUUUUAUGGCAAGAGUUGGAUGAGGUGGUCGUCAGCAAGUACUCGGAUGAGGAGUAUUGUGGUAUGGUGCGUAUUGAAGGUGAUGUCUUUGACUUUCACGUGCAUGGAUUGGAGCAACAUCCUCAUCGUAACUGCAAUUACCCUGGUAUCGAUAUUAGAUAUCCUUGGGAAUAUCAGUCCUCUCAUGUACAUGCUCCUUAUCGUAUGAAGAUCCAUACUUUCUACAUGGACGCUUAUCCCGUCACUGAAAAACAAUUCAAGCAAUUCCUUGACGAGAGUGGCUAUAAACCAGCUGACUCUACCAACUUUUUAAAGCAUUGGGUGGGCGGUUGUUACCCAGCCUGUCGUGCUAAUAAACCUGUAACGCACGUUUCCAUUGAGGACGCAAGAGCUUAUGCCAAAUGGGCAGGAAAACGUCUUCCACAUGAAUGGGAAUGGCAAUAUGUCGCUCAAGGAGGUCAUGAAUACCGUAGCUAUCCUUGGGGCAAUGAAUGGGAUUCGAGCAAGGUGCCUGAAGUUUACAGUGGCCGUGAAAGACUCUACCCUGACCAUCCCCCUGCCGACGUCGAUGCCCACCCUGCUGGCCGCUCUUGUUUCGGUGUCUAUGAUCUUGUAGGCAACGUAUGGCAAUGGACGGAUGUUUAUCAAGAUGAACAUACGAGAGCUGCUGUGAUUCGUGGUGGCUCCUAUUAUCAAGCAAAGAACAGUGAACAGUACUUCCCUCAAGCCUACCAUAAUGAGCAACAUGGCAAAUAUCUUUUAAUGUCUCCUUCGGUUGACAGAACGGCCACCAUUGGUUUCCGGUGCGUUAAAGAUACGGCGGAAAGUGCUGCCGCUUUAGGAAAUUGCUCCUUUGAUCCUGAAUGUUAUUAAACAUACCCAUGCUGCCUAUCGCUCUCUACGUCGAUGAAUUGAAAGAUACCGAAGAAUAAUAAUAAAAAAAAAGUCAUGGGAUUGACUCUUCAUAAAACGAGUGAAAAUUGAAUGUGUUAUCUAUCUAAAAUGAAUACACAACAUGGAAAGAAUCCAAACAUCGGGUGAUCAUACUGCUACAGACAAAAGGAGGAAGCCUCCGCUCCUCAUUCACAAAGGGGAUAGAUUAAAAAACAUAAA